AAUUUGUAUACGAUGUUUGUGUAAUUUUGAUAAGCUAAUUCAGCCUAUUUUUUAUGACGGAAAUGAAUGAGCUGGACACAAUUUUCAGGAUCCUUUUCUGCACAAUUUAGAUCCUCUUUUUGAAAUACAUUUAUUAUAGGCAUUAGAGACAGGGUUUCAUGAAGUAUAUGAGAGAAAAAUUACAAUAUGAAUUGAUUGAUCAAAUCAUCCCUAUGCAAUUAUUUGUCAUUAAUUAUAAUCCCAUAACACAAAGAAUUGAGUUAGUAGAUAGUAACAUCAGAGCAAAGCAAGUUAACUAAAUUAGUUCUGAUGAUAAACUUGAUAUAUUUAUGCAAUCAGCUCAGCUGAAUUUCACUGAAAAAUAAAAAAAGAAAAUUAUUACUCUUAAGCACUUUCUUUUGGAAAUGUUCAUAAAACUAGAUAAUAAAAAGUAGACUUUUUAAGAGAUAUUCAAGAAUUCCAAAGAAUUUAAUAAAAUAAUUGCUUAUCAAGUGAACAAGGAUGGUGGAAAUACAGUCGGUAAAUAUAAAAUAAAAUUGUUUCCAAGAGGGAAAAAAAAUAACUAAAUUGUUGUAGCUUUAGAAGAUCUUAGUCAGAUUGAGGAGCUUAAACUAGUAAAAUAAAAGGCAAAAUAGGCUGAUUAGCAUCUUUAAAUUUUUUUUGAGUACUUCAAAUAGAAGUUUGCUAGGAUUUUUCAUACUAUUGACAUUUCGUGUUCUAUGAAAAUAGAAGAUCCUAUGGUAGAACUUAUGUAGGCAAAAAGAAUUACAACUAAACUAUAUUCUACUGUCCAGAAUAUUGCUGCAUUUAGAAAAUAAGAUAAUGAUGAAUAAGGAACAUAUAACGCAUAAAGAUUCAGCAAAAGAGUUAGAAUGAAAUCACUUAAUCCAUCUAGCGUUUCAUAGUUCAAUUUCAAUAACUUAAUUGACGAUGUCAAAAAUAUUUAUCCUGAUUUUUUCAAUUCAUACAGCUAUGAAACUCAUUCUAAUUCCUCUUCUUAAAACUAAAUAUAAAUUUACAGUGAUAAUGAAAAAAUGAAAUCAAUUUUUAUUACUCUGCUUAAUUAAAUUGAAGAAUGUUUACCUGAAAAAUACUUCAAAGGAUUGAAGGUCUCUUUUACCGAAGAAAAGGAGACGCAUUUUGAAUUUAUAAAGGUCAAGAUAUAAUUUUAAGUGCACAAUGAUUGUGUUCAGAAUACAUAGCUAAAAGAUGCUUCUUUUUUUCAGCUUGAAAAAGAAAAUAAAAAAAUUGAUUCCUAUGAAAUACUUAAAUAGCUGCUAUGCUAUUACAAUUCAGAUAAUGAUGAAAUAAGAGAUAUAGAAAUAGCUAUGAUAAAAUUCUAUCUGUCUUAGAUAAGUCCUUAUGAAAUGGAAAUCAAAGAAGAAGCUAUUGAACAAGAAUUCUAACGACUUCUCUCAAAUAGUCUUAUUGGAAAUAUGUAAAAAGAUCAUAAUUAAAUAAGCGAGCUAGACUCAAUUAAAAAUACAACUUAGAAUCAAGAAUUUCAUUAUUAUUAGAUGCCAUCGAAUAGAUAAGUCGAUGGUAUAGAAACUACUCCUUAAUCUUUCAUUUCAACAAACAGACAGAAUGAAUUCGAAAAUGAUUUACUUUCGCAAGAAUUAGUCAGAAACACCAAUAAGAAACUAAACCAAGAUACUUUUAUAUCAGAAAAUGAAAACAAUAAAAAUCAAAUUUAGUAUAUUAGUAACAAUAUCUAACAUAAUAUUAGUAACACAAUUGAAGGUAAAGUGGAUGUAGAACUUACAAAAAGACAAUCUUUCAAAAGAGUUAAUCAAAAAAAGCUUUCCUAAUUUCACAGACAAACUAAAUAGCAUUCUAUCGACUAUAAAGAACAUAAAAAUAUUAUACUUUCUAUGACAUUUUUUAAAGAUAUCAGAGUUAUUUUAGAAUUAAACUUAAGAUAAAAUAGUUAGGCUUCUAAUAAUAAUAAUAAUAAUAAUAAUAAUACUAAUAAUAAUUAAAACUACUUAGAUUUAAAAUCUAGAUAAAAUUCAACAUAUUCUUACAAUAAAGGCAAUACAAAUUUUAAUUAAACUGAUAUGAACCUGUUGCCAACUAUGUAAUUUAUUCCAAAGCAAUCAAUCUUAAAAAAAAAUUCUAUGUAAAGCAAUUAGUCUCCUAUGUCCUCUCCUACUCAAAUCAAAAGAUUACUUAAAAACAAUUCAUUAGUUUCAAACAUUAAUAUUUUUAAUAAUCCAAAUAAAAUUCGUUCUAACACAUCUAUAGAUGAUACAGGAGAAUCAAAAUAAUAAAAAUUAAUUCCAUUUUUUGAAAUUCAUACACUAAAGAAAUUGUAAUAAUAAAACGAAAAAAUUAAUAAAAUUAAAUAAAACUUAACUAAUGUAACAAUCUAAUUAAAGUAAAAAGAUAAUAUUUCUGAUCUAUGAAAAUAUCAAAG